GACCGCGACGCAAUCUCCAAGUCUGCGCCUUAGACAGUUUAACGCGACCUAUACUAAAGUCAACAUUCUGCUGAGAUCUUUUAAAUGUCACGUGUAAAAAGUGUGACCAUUGGACUCAUUUAGUUAUUUUGUAAACUAUUAUUUAAAUAUUAAACAUAAAUACAGUUUUUUUUUUUUUUUACUAAUAAUGAUUGUCUAUGAUUCGGGUGUUUUUAUUAUCUACUCAUUAAAAAAUAAUAUUUUUUUUGUUAAUUAAAAAUUUUUAAUUGUAUGUGGAAUUAAUGUGUUUUUAAAAAUAAAAUUAACAACUGACCGUGACAUUAAGAAAAACAAAUUUUUAUCACUGGAUAUCAAUGCAAUAUAUAUAUAAGAAUGCGACAAGAAGUUGAAGAUAUUUAUUGGAAUUGUUCAACUGAUGUUGACAACAAUUAUCAACUUACGAGUCUAUCAAUGGAUUCAUCGCUAAGAAUAAAUCCAUUAAAACUCUCACAUCACUCAAGUUCAGAAUCCAGUAUCUGUUCUGAACAAUCAGUAUCAUCUGCGGUAUCAACAGAUUUGGUUGGUCAUCAAGAUCAAUUAAUUGAAUCUGAGAGUGAUUAUGUGGUAGUUAAAUCCGAAAUAGAAAUUACACUGAAAGAUUGUCAAAUAAUUUCCAAUAAUUUCGAUGAACCAACCGAUACAAUAAAGUCUAAGCUGUGUGAUUUUGACAGUUUAACGGCUACUGCAGAUGAGACUUUAACUUCCGGUAAUAAAGUUAAUGACAUUAUUGAAAAAAUGGUUGAGCUUAAAUUUUCAUCAGAUAAUAUCAAUGACAUGCAUAAAAAACCAUUCAUUAAUAAUAAUAUUAAUGAUAAUGAUAAUUAUAAUAAUACUAGUAAUAUAAAAAAUGAUGGCAAUAACAACAAUGUUGAUAUUAAAUAUGAAAAAUUAAGUAAAGAUGAGAAUUUGAAUGAAAAUUAUUCAAAGCAAUCGACGGAUGUGAAAAAUAAGCCGGAAGAAAAUGAGGAAAAUGACAAUGACCUUAGAGCUAGAGGACCAGUCAGACCCCCCCUGUUUAACCAAUCUCGAGGAAAACCUUACUGUACAUUCAACAAUUGUGGUGGUAACGUUCCUGAGAUGCAACAAACUUAUCCAUCGGAUAUUGAAUCAACGGCUCAACAAAUAAUGAGCAUUAGUGAUUACAGUGAUCUCUUAAAUCCUUGUUUGGAUAAAUUAGAGGAAAACUAUUUACCAGUCAGUGCAAGUGACAGUGAAUGGAUUUUAAAUAAUUACGAUGGGAAUACUGAUAAUAAUUUAAAUGAAAAAGUCCAACCAAUUCCUGAGAUAACUAUUAAUGAAAAUUUAUUGAGUGAAGAAUCGCUUAUCGAAACAUUGAAUCUCAGAGGCUUUCAAUCAGCACAAUCAGAUGUUUCGAGUUACACGAAUCCAUCACCAGUUUCGAAUUACACAAAUCCAUCGCCGAUUUCGAACUACACAAAUCCAUCGCCGGUUUCGAGUUACACAAAUCCAUCACCGAUUUUUGGUGAAAAUUGGCCAGAUUCACCCACCAGCUCGAAUAGUUAUAAUGUUAUGUCUUCUAGAUCACACAGUCGUGCUUCUAGUCGUGCACAAUCACCGGGUUCUUCAGCUAAUAUUGGAUCACCUUUGAUACCAAAUCAGUUUAUCAGUGGAAGUACUCCUGAUUUUUCAAGUACAUCAAAUAAUUAUCGUGUACCAACAGCAUUUUCUUCACCAUCAUCGUCAAAUCAUUCAUUUGGAGAUACUUCAAGUCCUUCAAAUUAUCAAUAUGCAAUUGACUCAAAAAUUGAAGACAAAUUAGAGUCACAGUUAUCAGAUUUUCAUCCUUGGUACAGUAAAUGUGAAUCAUCCAGUACAAUAGUUAAUAGUACUGAUAGUGCAGAUGAUAUUAAUAAUUUUGGAAUAUUUGAAAACGAAAUUCAAGUUGUGCUUAAUGUUGUACCAACGAUUAAUACUAAAGCACAAAUGUUAAAAAAUGGGGGAUUUAAUAAUCACAAAUUUAAUGAAAAUAAAAAUAAGUUAUCAACUUUAAAUAAUGAAGGGGUUAAUCUUGUAAACACAGCCUCACUUAUAACUUCAGCACAAAACGAUUUGAAUUCCGAUGAUAAUAAACCCUAUGCAGUACAAUUUAAUAAUGUAACCUCAAAUCUUUAUCAACAGAAUUUGAUGAAUACAGAAGAAAAUGAAAUGAAUUUCCAAGCUGAACUGGAGAGACAUUUAUUAUCUAAUUAUCCAGAUGACAAUAGACAUAAUGACAGAUUUUUCUCUAAUGAACCUGCUCAAACUUCAAAUUUUGAAUCUUUAAAUAACUACAAAUCAAAUUAUAAUAAUUUUACGUCUAAUUAUAAUAAUACACAGUUGCAAUCAACUGAAAAUAACUCUUCCACUUCCGUUAAUGAACAGUAUUUGAAUAAUUCUUGGGAUUCACAACGAAAGUUACCAUUUGAUAAUUUUCAAAUACCAGAAACUGUUUCUUCAUUUAAAAAUAAUCAUUUGCGGAGGAAUACCGUACGAAAUAUUGCGCCAUGGCCGUCGUUAAAUCUUCCCCUGACGCAAGCAAGUAAAAGAUUGAAAGAUCAAUUGGACCCGAAGGAUGUCGAAAGAGCAAUGAAAAAUCUUUUAAAAAAAUCAACUCAAGAACUUGCGAUGCCCGAUCAAGACGGCGAUACGAUGUUAAUGUGUCUGGUUGGAAACCCCAAUGAAUUAGAGAAAAAAAAGGCAUAUUUAAUACCUUUAGUUGAAAGACUUGGGACUUUAGCCGAUGCUUUGUCCAAGAAAAAUAACCGGGAAGAAGAUGCUUUGUAUCUAGCGGCUGUCAAUUCUCCGCGAAUGCCUGAAGUAACUGGUUAUUUAGCAGCUGUUAUGUUAAAAAAAGGAAUUGAUAUAAGUCAACAAUUGUAUCGAAGACGAGGUGACACAUUAAUUCACGCAGUUGUUGCUAAUGGCGAUACGCACUUGUCAACUCUUGCGGAAUUAUUGUCUUUGAAAACAAGCCAAGGAAAUUAUGUAUUUGAUUUAUCGAAAUGUAAUUAUGCUGGAAGGACGCCUCUGCAUGUAGCAGUAGAAGUACAUGAUCCACAAGGAUCAGGGAUAAAUUCAGUUAAUGUGGUCAGACUGUUGUUAGCAAACGGAGCAGACCCAAAAAUAAAAGAAAGUAAAUGUGGUAACACAGCACUUCAUUUAGCGGUUUCUCUAUCAUGUGACCCAGAGCUUGUAAAGGUACUGUUGAUAAAGAAUGGACGCGAAGCUGUUAAUAUUCAAAACCGUAACAAUAAUACGGCAUUACAUAUGGCCGCAGCUGUGCCCGAUAGCAUUCAAUUAAACAGACAAAUGGGUGUAUGCGAUAAUCUAAUUAAAGCAGGUGGAUCGACUAACAUAUUAAAUCAACAUGGAUGUACUCCACUUGCACUUGUUUCCGCAGAAAGAAAAAAAACAAUAAGAGAAAUUUUUUCAAGAAAAAAUUAAUGUGAUUUUACUAUUUUUACAAUUAGUUAAUAAUUUUUUAAUUUGUACUUUAUAAGUACUUGGUAAUUAAUUUACUUGAGGUAAUUGAUGGUUAAUUAUACAGUACUAUUGUUACUAACGUUUAACACCAAAGAGAGUAGUUUAUAAGGGAAUUUAAUAUUUAAAUGUAAAUAAAAUAUUUAAUAGUUUUGUUAAUUUUCAUCAUAAUAAGAGAGU